CGACAACAAUCGAACAAAAUGACCACCUGCAUGCAGCUUGCGGCGUGCCAAAAUCGGAGACGGAUCCAACGCAAAGAGGGGACAAGGAAAAGAAAGAAAGCGGACCUGCGCAACACUACUGUACAGUACCGGAUCGUACCUACACCGACCAAUGUAUCCUGUUCAGCCAAUGGCAGGCGUUCAGAAUUCAAGGUGGGACGGCUGUGCAGGGUGGCGUCGCUCGCCAAGAGAACGUUGUCUGUGCACUAG